AAGAUUUCGUUUCAAUCGGCUUGAACUCCAUCCACCAUCAUCUCCAGCCCAGCCUGCAGCAGCAUCUCGUCGCCUCUAGGAAACCGAUCCCAGUACUUCGUCUUUUUACACAGCGUAUACCCAAUUUGCGUUUUGGCCCUACUACAACACAACGAAACAGUCGAAACAAUCGAGUUGAGUGGAAACACCACCAAAAAAAAACCAGUCAAGAUGGCGUCGCAAAAUAUGCCGUUCAUUAAGAACCUCGCCUCGAGCGACAGCAAAAUCCGCAAGUCAGCCCUCGCUUCCCUGCACACCUUCCUCUCUGCCAAGCACAUUGCCACCACGCUCUCGCCCAUCGACAUUCUCAAGCUGUGGAAGGGUCUCUUCUACGCCAUGUGGAUGUGCGACCGCGCCAUCCCCCAGCAGACCCUUGCCCAGGAGCUCGCCGAUCUCAUCUACAUCCUCCCUCGGGAGUCCGUCGUCCCCUGGCUCAGGGGUUUCUGGGCGACCAUGUCGCGCGAGUGGACGUCGAUCGACGUGCUGCGCAUGGAAAAGUUCUUGUUGCUGGUCAGACGGGUGGUGGGUGCUUCCUUUAGGUGGAUGAAGGGCGCGCAGGAUGGGAAAGCGGAUGUCAGUGCUGCUACUGCUACCAAAUCCAACAAAAAGGGUGGGAAGAAGGGAAGCGGAAAGGAGAAGAGCGCGUGGGACGCCAAAAGAGUCGAUCAGGUUCUCGACAUACUUGCCGAGUGGCCGUUUGCGCUGGACGAGGACGUCAAGGAGGAUAGCGAUUCCGAAGAAGAAGAAGAACCCGAAGCCGACGAGGACGACGAAGAUGCCAAGCCCCAACACGAAUCUCUCAGGAAAGAGAAACCCAAGAAGAAGGAAAACAAGGACCCGCUUCACCUCCUCGCCAAGAAGAUACCCUCGGGACUCAAGAUCCACGUGCUGGAUAUCUGGGUGGACGAGGCCGAGAAGGUUGGCAUGCUGGACUUUGAGAGCGACGAGGAGGCGCUCAAGAUUGUGCAGCGGAUCAUCGAGAAGAUCGAGGAGCUGGAGCAGCGCACGGUCAGCCCCGCGAUAAGAGUGAGGUCCAAGGACUCAUUGUCGGAUGACAGGCUACCGGGGAAUGACAAGAAGCCUGUGGAGAAGGAAGAUGAGGGAUGGGGCGGGUUUGAUAACUGAUUUCGUUUUGUAAAAAUGGUUUUUGCUGAGAUAUCAUGGCUGCUGGCGUAAUAGAGUUGCUUUGUUUGAUUUCGUUCCCUUGAAAUACAUUGCAUUGUUG